AUGCUCUGGAAGCAGUAUGCUUCCGUGGCAUCGGUGGUCGCUGUAUCAAUCGCUUUCCAGCCAUUCGCACCCUGUCUUCCUUGUGUUGGUUUCGUGGGAGCGCUAAUCUGGUACUGGGCCGUCAAGUCCGUCAUUGCGCGAGGUGCAGUGACGGUUCGCUUCGGCACACCAGUGCGUCUUGCGCUGCUGGCGGCAGGGCGGUUUGCCAGCUUCCUGUGGGCAGCAAGCUUCUUGGGCUGCUGUUUCGUGGCAUGGGCAGUCUGGUAUCCUUCAGACACAGACAUGCAAGGCAUAAUGGAAGGAAUGUGCGGCUCAGCCUUGCCGGUUUCUGUAUUGGCAAGCAUCUUGCUAGCGUUGCCCUUUCUGCUAUGGCUAUGUCGACGAAUCCUGUGGCUCCUUUGUAGCAUCGGGCCUCCACCCGGAACCUGGCGACCACUCGUCCGAAAUCCUCGAACAGAUGGAAGCAGCUGGCGACCGCAGAAGGUGCCGAUCUCCAGAAUAAACUUCCACGAAGCCUGGCUCGUCAUGCGCCACCGUUCCAUCCUUUCAAGCUACGGCCUAUCGGAUCAUCCAGACUACCAGCCGCUUCUGAAGCUGCUCUUGCCGGACAGACCACAAGUCACACUGGCAGAAAAGCCCAAGGAGACGGCCUACCUGGGGCGAAGCAUUGACAUGACAUGCAGCCGCGCCGUUGUUCAAGAAUCAGCCCCUCGUCGAGCUCAACUCCCACCAUAA